GGUCGGGAUAAUUUUUAACUAUCUUCUUGUGUAGGAAAGAAAGAAACAUGAUACAUCCACACCUAUACUGAAAGGGGGAUCCCUGCUGUGGCCUGGCGUCCGGGGGCUCCACUGGACCUACCAUCCGGUGAUGUCACCCCAAGUCACUCCUUAGAUCAGCAGCGUGGAUGACGGACUUGUGAGCGGCGCUCUACCCGCUCUCCUGCGUCUUGUCACCCUGGGUCGUGAGUGGUAUUUGAGGAGACCUCGUGGCUGUCGUUCACGACUCCCGACCUGAAUGUAUGUUGCCAAACACCAGUUAACCCUACCUCCAUUACUCUCGUCCAUCCCUUACCAUCAUUUUUGCCGUCUUCCAUACAAUGUGUGAAUCUGGUUCUCCGUGUCGUGGCCCAUCUACACCCACGAAUGACUGGCCUGUACCCACACCGAACACGCUCCAGGACCCACGUCCGCUCACACCUGACGCAGCUGUGUGUCAUCAGGCAGCAGUGUCCACCGAGGCGGGUGACGGUGAAGGUAUGGGCGAGGAGGAAGGUUGUACAGUAAGGGGCGGCAGCAAGUGGUGGGAGUGGUCAGUUCCCUGGCCUGGAGUCCCCAAGGUCAACCAAGUGUCGCACUUACCCUUACCGUCGUGUGUGAUGGUGGAAGUAGAGAUAAAGGAAGCUCCCGGCUGGAGUGGCCUUCUCCACCGCCCUCCACCACCUAACACUGAGGACCGUCCAAACACGGCGGUCAACUACAACACGCUAGGACCUCUCUCAGGUCGAAACCAGUGUCAGAGUCGGAAGUUAUCGCCUCUUAUUUUCGGACCUCUUCAUAAUAUAUAUACGAAAGAUGGCCAGGAGUACUACACUCUCCCGAUUAUCCAAGAGGCGCCAUCCGAGGUUAGAGAGAGUAGAGAAGCUCCGUACCAGGCAAUACCGGGAGUCCUGGUGACAUCUUCUGAACCGGGGAACAUUGUCGACUCUCACCAGCAGCAUGAUGUACCAAGAGUCCAUAUGAUGCACGAGUACCAAGCAUUACCAACCCAAGUAAUGUGUUCUGAAGUGGAGGGCACAACCAGCUCUCAUGAGUACCAUGCGACACUGGCGCUCAAGCAAGAGAGAAGUGACUACCAGCCCCAGUUGACGAUUGGGCAAACACUGUUCGAGGAGAAGUUUGCUGGAGACAGUUUGAUCGUGUGUGAAGAGUCAUGGUGGGAUCCCCAGGAGGGAGAUCUUUCUUCUCCCACACUGUACGCGCACACAGGUCACACUUCUCUCCAUCUUAUUCCAACUCAGAACAGUAAGGGUGUGGCAGGAAGUGCGGAAGAAGGAGUGCAGCAGCAGACGUGGGGACACCUCAAGGAGGAGGAGGAGAAGGGAGAGGAAGACGACUGUGGCUAUCAUGACCGACCAGUUGUACACUCUCUUAGUCCUGACCAACACUACGUCUCUUCUUCAACCUGCUACACCACCACACACUUUGGUGGAGCGGUGGAGAGAGCGUCAGAGGAAGACGCCUUGACAUGUUUACACCCGGAAUACACGCCUCACCACCACGUGUCCAGCGCAGAUUUGGAGAUGGAGGUGCACCAGUACCGCCUCCUCCUGCGCCUCCACCAAGCAGCUUCCACCAUCACCACCCGUAUCCACUACAAGUUCCCAACGCUCUAGUUAACCAUUCCCGCCUUUGACAUUUGCCAGCAUGUGGCAUUCUAGUGUUCAUCAACUCACAAGUUACCUGUAAGCCACAAUGCCUGAGGCUAUACCAUACACGUUAGCAUCCAUGCAUCAAUUAAGUGAUUUCUAAUCACUUAAUUGAUGCAUUUCAAACGUAUUUCUAAUUAUCCAAUAAUUGUAAACAAUUUCUGUAUAUGGAAUAUUUGAGUUAAAUUGCUUUUGUUAAUAAUUUGAUACAGUAGUGUGUUUAGGUUCAUGUGAUGACACUGGGAAAUUAUCUAGAAAAAUGCAACUUUAAAUUAGUUUAGUUCAGAAUUUAACGUCAUAUUAAAAGCAUCUCCGAUGACGAUGGGAACUUACGGAAGUAAUUCUCAAAAAAAGGCGCCAUGCCGAGGAGUCUAUGUAGCAGGUAACUUACGGAAGUGUUGCUAUGUUCAGUAAACAUUAAGGCAUUAACCACUCAAA